AUGUCGUCGCUGUCUAUUGCCCCGAAAGCGUCCCAUGACUGCACCGACACCCAAACGGUAGCAAACCAGAACUCGUCCAGCAGCUCACAGUGGCACAGGAUGUGCGCCGGGCACACUUCAGGGCACGCGAACAUGCGAACAAGAGAACACGAGAACGAAGAACAGGAAGCCGCAAUCAAGAGCAAGCAAUACUAUACGUAUUCUCUUCCAUUAGUGGGCUUCCAGGCGUGUUCGAGCUGGAAUCGAGUAAACAGACACGACGUCGAGGCCGAUCAAGGAAUAUCUCACGAUGCUUACCGCCUGCAAGAAGACCAGAGCGGCCAGGUGCACUAG